GCGUUCCCGAGCGCGCACGGCGGGUGGUGCUGGGCCCCCGCCUUGGGCGGCCGCUGCCGGGUCCCGGAUCGGCCGCUCUCGGGCGGGGGUUUGCGUGUCUUUGGCGAGGCCGAUCGGAAGCGAACUGAGGGGGCUGAAGAGGGGUUAACACAGAGCGCCGGGCCGGGGCCUCGUGGGAGGCGAGGGGCUCGCUGUGGUUCCCCGGUUUGGGAACUGGGGGUGUCACCCUGCCUCACAGGGCUGGGGUGCCCCUGGGGAAAACCAAGGACCAGCUGUCCGGGCUGCGCAGCUUAUUGGUUACAAUAUUUGUCACUUAAGAGCUCUCUGUGCAGUUAACAGAGGGGCAUGGCUGUGAGAGCUUGUGGCUUGAUCAUCUACAGGAGGCUGAAGUCAGCACCGUCUUCUAAGGCCACUGAUAGUAUUGAAUACCUCCUCCUUCAGACAUCCUAUGGGACCCAUCACUGGACCCCACCCAAAGGCCACGUGGACCCAGGAGAGGAUGACCUGCAGACAGCCUUCCGGGAAACGCAGGAAGAGGCUGGUCUUCAGGCCAGUCAGCUCACCCUCAUAGAGGGGUACAAGAAAGAACUACACUAUCCUGUCCGUGGGAAACCGAAGACCGUCAUUUACUGGCUGGCAGAAGUGAAGGACUGUAACACAGAAAUCAAGCUCUCAGAGGAGCACCAGGCUUUCCAAUGGCUGAAGCUGGAGGAUGCUUGCAAAUUUGCAGAAUAUGAGGACAUGCAAGCGACACUGAAAGAAGUGCAUCAGUUUCUGUGCUCCAAAGAAUAAUUGCUUGUGUGCAGAUAAGUGGAAUUCUUUAAGAAACAUGGCCUGCUUUUUUUUUAAAUCUGGUUUUAACCAGGGGAAGAACUACAUGGCUGCUGAAAUGUAGUUUUCUUUUUUAAACCCCUACAAAUUCAGUGAAGAUACUUGGAGCUUUUAAAGAGUUUGUGCUUUUGUUUCCCCCUAGCUAACGCAGAAAGGCACAGUCUGAUUAAACCACAAGCCAAGAGAUGUCUGAACUGAAAACCAGAGCUAACAAAGGCUUCCUCUGUUCCUGUCUCCUUUUUCCUUUUUUUUUCCUAGAAGUACUGAACAACCAUAGGUCUUUUUGAAAAAUCAAACGUUUGAUAUUUCUUGACUUGCUGAUGUAGAACUACAGAGUUGAGAAAAUCAAAAUGUUUACUGCAGAAGUUCCACCUUACAUUUCAAAUGGGGAAGCAGGACUGUUCCCAAAUCCUCAACUAAUACACUGCAAUAACUUGUCAAAUCAUUUCAGGCCUUUUUUGUUUACAUCAUGAAUUUAUGUACAUCCCUAAUGUACUGUUAUGAAAACACUUUUCAUCCAAAGAGUCUUAGUAAAUGGUUGACAUACAAUA